UCCCCGUCAACGACCUCGUCGUCUCCUAAGACAAACAAGAAACUGAGAUGUGACAGGAGGGCGAUGGAGUGAAACUCGAUGGCCGCAACAUAUGCAUCUUGAGCCCUCUAAAAUCCGUGAUUCGGGGGAAAUCCCAGUCACAGUUUUAAUGUCCAGUCAUUCUGUCGAGGUUCGAUUGAUUGACCAUGCAUUCUGAUCCCCAAGUCCGAGCUGGUUGGUCCGAUACCCGAGCGGACGAGUACACGGGUAUAGCCGUCUCGACUGUAUCCGUCAAAAACGACCGAACUGUCGAAAAAUUUGCCAGUUUCAAACGAUGGCAUUUCAUGCUCAUUUAUGUUGCGUAUUUCAUUUCUUGCCUAUCUCCUGUAUGGUUUCUAUGGAACCAAUUUAUCUUUUGUUUUAUCUCUCCCCUUUUUUCUAAUUGUCACUAUUUUCCUGCUCCGAUUUUAUCAUGUCUUUCUUUCUUUUCUUUUUUUCCUCUUCCGCUCUUCGAUCUGCUGCUUAUUGAACAAGCUCUGGGAUCCUUUUUGAGAUUAAAGGGUUUCAUCAUCACAACUCAGGGAGAGAUCAUCACUGACCUGGACCCUCUCCUGUCCGUGCCCCGCACUUACCCCUACGGGGACUUCUAGGUCCCUCGGCUGACGUGUUUUCUCACGUACAU